UUAUAUGACAAGUUAAUUUAAACAGCGGCAAAUAUUUCUGUUCUGAUCUUGAAUGUUGAUUGGGAGAAAUAAAAAACAUUUAAAAGUCGGAUUACACCUUAGCUUGUGAACUUAUUAAAAUGCUUCGACAAAUGAAACCUGUUUCUUCGUUAGAGGACGUUAAAAAGCAUAAAUGUGUGUCGUUUUCUAUUGACUUUGACGUAGAGAAACCCAGUGUGAGCCAUGUAAGUGUUCCUUCCAGACUGCUACAGAGACAAGAAGAGAGGAAAAAUAGACAAUCACAGAAUUUGAUGUCCUAUACAGAUGAAGAAUCAAUGCUUAUAGCGGAGAUAAUGAAAGAGGCAUCUCUAAACGAAAUCAAAUACAAAGCUGGAAGAGUAGACCACAAGCUUUUCGAUGCGUCAAGAAGGCGAAUGUGCGUCAAUUAUUUAAAAGAACAGUCAAGCAAAGCCAAAGAAGCUGAAAAAAAAACGCCAGAUAUAAGAGAGAGGCAACGGAGAGUUAAGGAAAUGGCGACAGCAUCUAGAGCAAAGGCUUCCUCUUCACCGCUGUCCGUCUGUCAGUGAUAGUUAGCUUCAUUAAUUUUGCAGUGGAUGAAUAUAAAAAAAAACUUGAUAUGUGCUGCAACUUUAUAUUUAUAAACUCAUAUUCUGACAAAUUGCUGUUAUUAAAGGGGAGAUUUAUAUUACAGAAAUGUAUAUGAUAUGUUGCCCGUAAUCAUUUGACGGAAAGGGCUGAAAAUAUGCGAAUGCCAUUAAUUGGCGAAUUUGGCCACUUUCCAUGUCGUCUUAUGAUGGUUUGUACUUACCAGGGGAAGUAAACGCUGGGAGAAAUUUCUACACUUCUAAAGCAAUUACUCCCCUCUUCGGAACUAUUAACGGACAGUGACGGAGUUCAUGGAGAAUUGGUUUUACAUUAUAUGUAUUUUAUAAUCAGAAAACGAGAAAAAUAAAAUGAUUUCGAGAGCAAGUCAAUAGCCAAAACUUGAAAUGUUUCUCUUAAGUACUUAGAAGAUAUUAUAUGCUCACAUUCAUAUUUGAAAAAUACAUGUAAGUGUUUUUGCUCAUAAAUACCUUCCUACCUACCCGUCUUCUAAGCAUAGUUUGUGAACUUUCUUGUUCAAAUUACAAACAUUCAGUAAGAAUUUCCCAGAGUUCAAUAAAUUUCUGCAACAAAAGUAUUUUACCCAAUGAUGAGCAUAGAAUGUGAUAACGGCAUUUUUAUAUGAAAAAUUUCGUGAAAAUAAUACUGAAACUGAUAUACACAUUGGAAUUUAAAUUUUCAUUAAAACGAGAAGUUGGAUGAUUUUCCAGAAAAUAUGGUGUCUGUUUUUAUGUGGAAUAGAUGUAUCAGACUAGAACAUUAAUUGACGCGAUAAUAAAAUUGAUAUUCACGUUUUUUUUUUAAUCUGGUUUCGCGAAAUCCGCCAUUAGUUUUCAAAAAAAGUUUUCAUGAAAAGCUGUCGUUAAACAAAUGGAUGCAUGCGUAUUCAUGCUUCCGUUCUAAUCUAAUUUCAGAAAAUAAUUAGCUUUCUCAUGGUCAAGUGAACAUUGUUUUAAUUCUAUUCAUUGUUUUUAUUAUUCAUAUGCCUGUUGAUGUUGACUCAUGUAUUAUUGUUUAACAAUAAAUCAGGUCAUAUAUAAUAAAAUGUAAACAAAGUAGUAUUUUGACUUCCAUACAAAAAUACUAA